GGCCACUGUGUGCAGCCCUGUGUAGGUCUGUGUAGGUCUGUGUACUUUUGUGUAGUGCUGUGUAGUCCUGUGCUCUCCUGUGCUGAACCGAAGCUUUCACAACGCUCAUCAAACAUCUUUAAAUAUUAUGGGAUCUCUAUGAAGGGGACUUUUAUUCAUGGAACUUAUUAUCUAAGAGGCACGCUUUACUUUUAUGUUUAACUUAUGGAGUGAUUCAGCACAACGUGAAAGUUGACCUUUUCGUUACUUUAACCUCGUUAUUUAUUCGCAAUAAUGGAUAUCAGAUUCUCCACAUCUGCAGCGUUUUUACUUUUCGUUUGUUGUCUUUUGAGUCAAACUCCUGGCUCCAAUGGAGAGGUGCCUCCCAAACCUGCCGGUAGUGUUACCAUUUUACCCCCAAUUAAACCCAUAGAUGGUCCUCAGGCUUACCCUGAAGCAGAAAAGGCCAGUUUACCAGUGUUUACAAUGGACUACCCGAGGAUACAAAUCCCAUUUGAAGUGACACUGUGGGUCCUCUUGGCUUCAUUUGCAAAGAUUGGCUUCCAUGUGUACCACAAAAUCACAGUUUGGGUGCCAGAAUCCUGUUUGCUCAUCAGUAUCGGCCUCAUAGUUGGAGCCAUCAUGCACUCUGUCCAUGAGGAGCCUCCUGCAGUCUUGACCAGUAAUGUCUUCUUCCUCUACAUGCUCCCUCCCAUUGUGCUGGACUCGGGCUACUUCAUGCCCACUAGGCCCUUCUUUGAGAACAUCGGUACGGUGUUGUGGUUUGCAGUGGUGGGCACUUUAUGGAACAGCAUCGGCAUAGGCAUGUCUCUUUUCGCUAUAUGCCAGAUUGAAGCGUUUGGCGUUCAAGAUAUUAACCUACAGGAGAACCUACUCUUUGCCACCAUAAUCUCCGCCGUGGACCCAGUGGCUGUCCUGAACGUGUUUGAGGACGUCUCCGUAAACGAGCAGCUUUACAUUGUGGUGUUUGGGGAGUGCCUCUUUAAUGAUGCAGUGACUGUGGUCUUGUACAACAUGUUCACGUUUGUAGCGGACAUGCCGGUGGUGGAACCCGUGGACGUGUUCCUAGGGGUGGCUCGGUUCUUCGUGGUGGGCAUCGGGGGGAUGGCCUUUGGGAUCCUGUUCGGUUUUGUCUCUGCGUUUACCACAAGAUUCACCUCUAAAGUCAGAGAAAUCGAGCCACUGUUUAUUUUCAUGUACAGUUACCUGGCGUACCUGGUGGCUGAGCUGUUUGCUAUUUCAUCUAUUAUGGCUAUUGUGACUUGUUCCCUUACUAUGAAAUAUUAUGUGGAGGAAAACGUCUCUCAGCGUUCAUGCACGACCAUCCGCCAUGUUGUUAAAAUGCUGGGAUCCAUCUCUGAAACCCUCAUCUUCUUCUUCCUGGGUGUGGUUACCAUAACGACAGAGCAUGAGUGGAACUGGGGCUACAUCCUGUUCACUCUGCUGUUUGCCUUUGUCUGGAGGGGCCUGGGUGUGCUGGUGCUGACCCAGAUUAUAAACCCUUUCCGGACCAUCCCGUUCAACCUCAAGGAUCAGUUUGGUUUGGCUUAUGGUGGUCUCCGUGGGGCCGUUUCUUUUGCUUUGGCCUUCACUCUGCCUGACAACAUCGGCCGCAAGCAGCUCUUCAUCACAGCCACGAUCGCCAUCAUCCUCUUCACUGUGUUCCUGCAGGGGAUCAGUAUCCGACCUCUGAUUGAGUUCAUAAAUGUUCGGAGGACAAAUCGUAAUCUUGAAACCAUCAAUGUUGAAGUCCAUUGUAGGCUCAUGGAGCACACCGUAGCUGGGAUUGAGGACCUGUGUGGACAGUGGAGCCAUUUCUACUGGAAAGACAAAUUUUUGAAGUUUAACACUCGGAUUCUUCGUAAAAUCCUGAUCCGGGACAGCCGUGCGGAGUCGAGCAUCGUGGCUUUAUAUAAAAAGCUUGAGCUGCAAAACGCCAUGGAGAUUCUGGACACUGUGGCUGGGGACAUCAGUGCUGCUCCGUCCAUUGUGUCUCUAUAUGAAGAGAAGAAGAAUCCCAAACCUAAGGCGUAUUUGGCCGGCGAUCUGCGUAACAUGCAUGACAUUUUGUCCAAGAACAUGUACAACAUCAGACAACGGACUGUGGCAUUCACAAGUAAGUAUUCUCUGCCAAAUGAUCGGCACACCAAAGAAAUCCUUAUACGGCGCCAUGCCAGUAUCCGCCGCAGCCUCAGACCCGGAAGCUUUCAGAACUCUAAUGUGUCUAAAUCCCAAAAGUACUACUCUCUUCCUGCUGGCCAGAGCUUGGAGUCAAGAUUUUCCCCACGGAGACUGACUCAGACAGAUGAUCGGGAAACCAUGUCCGAAGCUGCCUAUCCCAUAACGAAUUGGCGGUCCCGGUCUAGUCAGCCGACACGCUCCUCUUCCUCCAGAGCCAUGAUGCCUCUGAAAAGGCUGGACACACUGAAAGAGGCCGUUUCGGUUGACAUGUUAAAUGAAAAUAAGGAGGACAGUGGCAGCAGGGCAGGUACGACCCGAACAAACUCCUCGUCCAGGGACUCGCGACUACCUGCUCCUCGUCGGCAGCUCUCUCCCCCCAGAGAAGAGGACAAUGGUUUUUCAGACAACCUCAUAAAUGUGCAUCAUGAAGCAGAAGAGGAGGAUCACCCGUCCCCCUCUCCUCCUCCAGCCUGGGCCGCUGAACCCAGGUACAAUGCCAACAGAAACCCUCUCCUGAGAAGACCACAGUGGAACCCAAAGAAGACCUGAAGAAGUCUGCAAUGUUUCACCUGCAAACAAAUGUAAGCCGACAGACCAAUAAGUGUGGUCUUGCAAAAUGCCACAGGUGAACUGUUACAGGUACUAUGCACAUUAUAGUAGAGAUCGUUCUUCAUAGGAUUUUUACUCAGAUUUGACUAUACAGUUAGUGUCAUUUUAAAUUUACUGUGAAUAUUUCGUACUUUUGUAAAUAUUUUUCAUGUAUUGUAUGACAUUUCAGUUGUGUAUGUUUUUAUAUUUAUCCAGUGUGAUCGCACCUUUUAUUUGUAACAAAGUCUAUUACAGUGGCAGACCUCAAGGGGGCCAAAUGUUUCUCUUUUAACUGUAAUAAAUUUUCUACGUUGUUUUAAAUUGUUA